AUGCAGACGUGUCAACAUUUAUUAAUUCUAAAUCGCCGCUCUUUCUUUCCCCCUUCUCUCUCUCUAUCUCUGUGCUUCUGUUUUCUCAUUUUCGUUGUCAUUAUUCUCUCUCUCUCUCUCUCUCUCUCUCUGUUUCUUUCUCUUCGCUGUUAGGGUUUCGUUUCCUUUACUUCAAAAUCAAAAGCUCAGCUUCACCGAAGUAGGUGUAGAUAGAAGCAGUAACACCUUCAAUUGGAAAAUUUAAAGGUUUGUAAUUCCUUUCCUUGAUGAGGAUAAUACGGGUGAUGAUACUAGCAAGGAGGGUAAAGCUUCUGGUUAAUGUGAAGGAGGUUGAAUCCAUGAAAAUAUAAAAGGAUCUGUUUCUGAAUUCCUUUAUUUUUUUCCCUUCCCUGUUACCAAAUGCAAAUUUUAGUGCGUUUGAAUAAGAUGGGUUGAAGUGAUCUGUGUGGUUGCUAGAAAAGUAAACUAGAAAUGGCUAUUGCUGGUCUACACAGUGUGUCUGUGCUCGACUCUUCUUUCCUGAGGGACUCCCAUUCUCAGUCGUCCGGUAGAGGGGGAGAUGGAAGAAGAGGAAGCACCCGGUCAUCUUCACUCUUGCAAAUGUGGCGAGAGAUUGAAGAUGAACAUGUGGUGAAUCAAGUUCAAGCAAGACCUGGUGAAGUGCUUCUUCAACAAAGGAGGGAUGGCUUGAUUGUGGACCUUUCCCAGGAUGAUAGACUGGAUGGCCAAGAAAGAGGGCGGGGCCAUGUUCUUGAAGAUGCAGUUUUGGGUGAGAAUGAGUCUGAAACAUGGUCGCAGUCUCAAAGUCAGAAUGAAUCCCAUGAUGAUCAUGAAGAUUUAAACAAUUCUAGCUGUGAAAAUUCUUCUGAUUUGGGGGAAGUUGAAAGGGAAAGAGUGAGACAAAUUUUCAGGGAAUGGAUGAAUAGUGGUGCUAGGGAUCACGUAUCAAACAUUUCCCGAAGAAAUAAUGGUCCAAGGGGAGAAUGGCUCGGAGAAACUGAGCAGGAAAGGGUGAGAAUUAUAAGGGAGUGGGUACAAACAAGUAGCCAGCAGAGAAGUAUUUCUUCUGCGGAGAAUAGAGAAGAACCAUCUGCUGAAAUUGACACACAAAUUGAACGGGUACGCGAUGGGCAUAUUGUUAACCAGAUUGUGGGCCAAACUGAGCUUGUUCGGAGGGGUAUCCGUAAAUUAUGUGGCCGACAGGUUAUGCUUGAUAUGCUUAAGAAAGCUGAGAGGGAAAGGCAAAGAGAAAUUCAGGAGUUGUUGGACCAUCAUGCCGUAUCUCAUUUCCCCUAUCGUAAUCGCAUUCAGGCACUACUUAGAGGCAGGUUCUUGAGAAAUGAUAGAUCUGUUGAUAAUAACAGGUCCCCUUCGGUUGCAGAAAGUGAAUUGGGCUUAUUGAGACGAAAACAAACUGUAUCAGGUCUAAGGGAAGGAUUUUUCUCUAAAAAGGACAGUAGUGGUUGCAGUCAAGCAACCAGCUAUCUAUCUGAUACCUCAUCUAGUAUUGAUAUUGACUUUAAUACAAAUGAACCAAUGGGAUCAAGCAGUUCGCAUAUGGUGCCAAGUGUACAUUCUGAAUUGUCUGAACCUAACGACAGAGGAAGCAAUGAACAUGGGAUAUCAAGUGGUCAGAGCUGUUUACAAGGAACCACAUGUGAGAAUUUAGAUUGGCAAGACUCUACUGGUCAAGUAGAAGACAAUCAGUUGCAGCUUUUGCAAAUUGAAUCAGUAGAUCGGCAAUCAUCGUUCAAUGAUGGCGCUGAAAUAAGGGAUGACAGCCAUGACACUGAGCAAAAUGUUGAUGUGAUGCCAACUGAAGAUAUUGCUAAUGAACAUACCCAAGAGAAUUUGCAACCUGAUGAUUCGGUGCAUUGUAAUGAUCAAGAAUUUAGCAACGAACAGAAUGAGGAAUCUGAGCUGGGUGAUAUAAGUAAUAGUGAAAACUAUCCUUCAAAUCAUGACAAUUAUGUGGGCGAUAAUGUUGUGGAUGAUGUAAAUUGGAAUGAAUCUAGUGCUCUAGAAGGAGAACAGCCUGAUGCAGUUAUUGGAAAUGAAGGAAGUGACUGGUAUCAGAGUAAUACUGAGUUGAUAAAUAGCACUGAGGAAAAUGUGGAUGAUCAUCAGCUCAGCAAUACAGCAAAUGACUGGCCAGAACAGAGUUCGGGAAAUGAGGAUGUAGAAAACUCUCGUCUGCAAGAAACUCCCGAUGUGUGGCAAGAAGAUGGUGGCUUCCAAGAGGCUGUGGAAAAUUGGUUGGGGGGACCUUCUGAUCAUGAAACUGCUCCAGUUGGUAGAAUUCAUGGAUUUUAUUUCCCUGAUGACGACAAUGUGUACAGUGGUGAACUCAGGGAACUUCUUAGUAGGAGAAGUGUCUCUAAUCUCCUUCGCAGCAGUUUCCGUGAGAGUCUUGAUCAGUUGAUACAAUCAUAUGUUGAAAGGCAAGGUAAUGCGCACAUUGACUGGGAGCUGCAAGAAACAACACCUUCUUCUGCCUCAGUAGAACAAGACCUUGAACAGCAGAGUAGAGAUCAGAUUGUUGGUCAGGAGGGUACUGUUAAUAGUUCACUUGACCUGCCCUCUUUACCUAUACCACCACCUCUGCCUAUUUGGGAUUCACACCCUCAUCGUGACAACUGGUCACAGAAUGACAUAAAUAAUCAGCGUCUAGGAAUCGAUUGGGAGAUUGUUAAUGACUUGAGAAUUGACAUGGCUAGACUACAGCAAAGAAUGAAUAACAUGCAGAGAAUGCUGGAGGCUUGUAUGGAUAUGCAGCUUGAGUUGCAGCGCUCAAUAAGACAAGAAGUUUCUGCAGCUCUAAAUCGAUCAUCUGGAUCGUCAGAAAUACAUGACUGCGAGUCACCAGAAGAUAAAUCUAAAUGGGAAUGUGUAAGGAAAGGACUUUGCUGUAUAUGCUGCGAAAACAAUAUUGAUUCUUUGAUGUACAGAUGUGGGCAUUUGUGUACAUGUUCAAAAUGUGCCAAUGAGUUGGUCCAAAGUAGAAGGAAGUGCCCAAUGUGUCAAGCGCCUGUGGUGGAGGUGAUACGUGCUUAUUCUAUACUAUAAUUUGACAUUAAAAUAAAGGUCACAAUUUUAACAAAAUACACCCUAACAAGUUUUAUCUCCUGGACGUUUCCAGGUAUUCUCUUCGUUUUUUAAUUUUUUGGUUUCUUACUGUGAUUACUGUAUUUAUGUCGAGAGCACCAGUGGAACACAUGAUGGCAUUUUUUUGGGGCCAUGAUUCUGAUAUGAAUAAAAAUGAAUGUUGUUUUUGAAGUUUCGAUUUGCAACUCUUGUUUUUUAUUUUGGGAACAGAAAUCGCGUCAUUUUAAUUCCAAGUGGCUGGACAGUCUAGUAUAAAAUGGAUGUUGCUCCGAAAUGUUAAAAUUCAUGUUUGGUUGCACACUGCAUAUAUAUCAAAAUCAGAUUGGUUUUACUUGAAAGUUGACUGAAGGCUUGUCUGGCUGUUAUGAACCGUUUCAAUGUUGAUUUGUCAUGAAACCAGCACCUUCUGUUACUAGGCUUUGCAGGUUUGUUUAUUGAAGUGUGCCCUGAUGAUUGGUAGAAAUUUCUUGACAAAUGACAGCCUAUCACAACUGAAAAGAAUUCGUUG